AAUCCUGAUGAUUAGCUGGAUUUCCAUAGGCAUAGAGGUCAUCCGGACUGUACUCUUAGUCACGUUUCUCGGCAUAAUAAUCAACGACGUACUCGUCCUGUUUUUUACGAUACGCGUUAUCAUUACAGCCAUCUAGACUCCAGCACCCUCUUGUUCCUCAUUACGAUUCUUGCUAACUACUUGAUCAGCGUCAUACAUUCGUGAUCCCCUUUAUUGACUUCAUAAGCGGCAAGGCGAGCCAGAAGAUCGCGUUGCGGUGUUAGACCAAGGAGGCCCAGUCCCCGUACUAGAUGGUGAAGGACAGGAGUCGCCCUGUCAGCAUGACGAACGAGUACAGGAGUCGCCCCUUGGUGAAAUUGGAAAUCAUGGCGAAGACAAAGAAGAGGAAGAUUUGGCACAGCUACAUGUAGAUGAAGACGUAGCGCAACAAGAUGUAGUGGAUGCUGAAGUACCUAUUAGUACAUCAGCAUCAGACUCGCAUGAGCAUAAAGCGGAGCUCCUCUGUGGAGCAGAGGGACCCCACCGGGCUACAGCGCGGCACAUGCUACACAUUCCUCAGAGAUUCGCUUUUGGUAGAAGUAGAGGCUUCGAGACGUUGGGGACGGCUGGAGGGCAGGCGAGUGGAGCAAGUCCAGCUUCAUCAGGACGAACAGCGUUUCUGGGCCAGGACAACAUCAGCGACCAUUUUUCUAUCUCCUCUUAUGGCGAGAUGAAGAAGAGUCAGAAUGUGUACGCAAGUGCAAGUGCUGCAGGUCGAUGAGAUGAAGAAGUGCAGCAUCAUGGAAGAGGUCCCUGCGAUCUUGAUUCUUGUGUUAGAAGUAAGGAUAUGUGUCAUUCAACUGCAAACGCUUGGUGUUGGUGCCAGCAACUUUUACAGGUUGUUGAGCAGUACUAGCUAGAGUAAGCUGCAGACGCAGAUCACCAACACGGCGAAGCAUGUAGCAAAGCGUGAACUUCGAUGACAAUGAAUCGGCUUUCUUGUCUGUUAGUAGUAGGACAAGCAUCAGCUUCAGUUCUUCGCUCAGGUCUUCUUCAUUUUUCUCGUCUGUCAGUCCUGGCUUCACUAUCUGAUAGUAGAUCUAGCUGGAUUCUUGUUGUUCUACCGUACAGCUAUAAAGUAGAGCUCUUUGAUGUUCUUCAUCAAUCUAUCUUCUAAUUGGCGACUUCUGCGCCUGUGUCGACAUUGAUGGAGAAGCAACAGCGCGAACUCAGUGAGCACCGAGCUCGUACUACGACGCUAGUACGGAGACCCAAUCUCUUAAGGCUGGCGACUUCGUCUCCUCGUUGGAAGAAUAGAUACAUAAGUAGUCGGCACUGACUCACAGAAUCGACAGUCAAAUAGCUGGUAAUGGUAUCGCUGUGCAUCUUCGUUCGAGUUGCUUGUUGUACAUACUCACACAGGAUAUCGCUCUCAUCGAUCUCAGUUGGUACUGACUUAGUUUGUAGUCCUCCGUAACCCAUUGCGAAGUGUUUGUCUUCAUCGAUGUCAGUAGUCAUCUCAUCGUCGGACUUCGUUUGCCAGUAACUCCAACUUAUUGAAGUGAGCCAUAAGAUUCAGACUCAGCGUGUCACUAUCUCAUCGAAGUGAACCAUACAGCGCGACGUAGGACGAGUUUGUCGUAGGGUCGUCCUAUGGUAUGUAGGGAUGCCUUGAUGUAGUCACACUGUAUCUCAGUACUAUGAUUUUUCUUCACUUUUGAGCCCUCUAGUUUUAGGCACAAUCAUCCUUAUCGGGGUGCUUAGAUAUCAAAAGUACUCACUAGGUAAAGACUCUUCAUUACAUUGAUUCGCACACAGUCUAAAUCUGAUCUGGAUUCUAGUGCUAUUAAUUAAUACCUCUGAGCUAGUGACCAAGUGGUUUGCAGAGGAUACAGAUACUAGUGGUAGUGCUAUUACCUCCCUAAAAGUAGUGAGUCAGUAUAUUGCAGAAGGUACGGAUACCACUGGCGCUAUUAACACUGAGGUAGAAUUGCCUGACUCAGUUUGUCACCGUCUCACUUUUGGUCUUCAUGUCAAAAGUGCUAUGAUGAUAUCAGUGGUCGCUGUAUGUUCUUCUAUAUUAGUUGGCAUUUGGUGACAUUACAGAGCAUAAUGCCCACUGUAGUCCUUCAUAUUGAUAUAUAUUUUAGAAAAGUGACUGAUUUGAAAGAAAGCAGUUGAAGACUAGCUUUAUCUGUCAAGCUCACCCUCAGGAAUUGAAUUCGAUUAAAACAGAAUAAAACUGAAAAUUCUUGGAUAUAUCUUAGAGCUUGGAUAUUAAGUCUAAACUCAACUUCGAAACUUCGAGAUUCAUCUUUAUGGUUAGUGAUAUCCUCAAUUCUCAAUGUUUCGAUGUUAUAGCUGUCAACUCAGAUUGAAGUUCAUCACUUUAGGCAUCUCGUUCGUGUUUUGAGCUUAGUUUUAGAAUCUCUUAGAUGUUUAGAAUCUCUUAGGUGUUUAGAAUCUCUUAGAUGUUUAGAGUCUCUUAGAUGUUUAGAGUCUCUUAGAUGUUUAGAGUCUCUUAGAUGUUUAAUCGAGCCUCUUAGACGUUUAGAAUCUCUCAGACGUUUAGAGCCUCUUAGAUUGUCGUUUUCAUGGUCUCUUAAGCCUUUAGUAUGGGCAUCUCUUGUUGCUUAGAUAUUUAGUCUUGCUUCAUAGUAUGAUCAGACUAUCUUCUCUUAGUUACUGGAGAGUAACUCUACUUAGAAGAUCUUUUUUGGUCGUAGUUCUAAACCUCGGGCAUCAAACGCUGUACCCACUAGAUGACGUUCUGCCUAAUGGGAGACACGCAGGCGACGUUUCACACGCUCCAGCUCAAGAUGAAGAAUCCCCAAGCAUCCCCGCGACGGCGUUUCCGAAUAGAGGAGGUUAUGGCGAUGUUUCUCCGAUGAGGUCAAGGGGAGGUAAGGAGUAUCAUGUUCAACAAAUAUAUGUUGAAUACCCUCCUCGUCGAGGUCAAGUAGCAGGAGCAGAAGCAAUUGCAGGUGGAGGAGAUGCUCAACAAGAAUACUCUCGUCAAGUAGAAGCAGUUGGAGGUAUUGGAGCUGGAGCUGCGUACCAUCAGGAUGUUCUUGAAUCAUCUGCAGUUCGUUUCGACGUUUUUCCCAGGAGGCCCUUUCUUGACGAGCAUGGGGGUGAGGACAAGUACUUCACAAGUCCUCCGUUCAGGAGAAGAGAAAAAGAGAGGACGGCCACUAGUUCGACAACGUCAGCAGCAUGUUGCCUGACACGAAGCAGAAUCUCUCAAGUAAAUGAGUUUUCAAGACAUACACCGGGGAAACGAGGAAUGCAAAUGCAAAGUAAGAGGACACGCACACAAACUGCCCUACUUUGUAGAGAAGUGUUUCUAUCCUCCCGUGGAGUCAUGCUUCUAAGUUUCCUAGCAAAGACGUCGACACGCAUCGAGCUCAAGUGCAGAGCAUUCGAGACCUCAUCUUCGGCAAAACGUAACGUGUGCCGUAGUGAUGAAUAAUGAUAAUGAUUUAUAAAUGCAUUGAAAAAAUAGAUUCAUCAAAAAGUUUCUUAUGGAAUAAGCAUUUGUGCAGUUGUGCGCAAGAUCUGAGAUGAUUUGCAUUCAAGUUUUCAAGAGCCAAGUAGCCGUCGUUCUGUUUCGUAGUAGUCAUUUUUUUACAACUGUCAAAAUACAAUUCCCUACGUCCUCUAAGGUUGAUUUUUUCGAACUUUCUUUGCAUAGUCAGUUUCAAUAUUUCCGAGAAAAAUGUACGAAGUGAACGUAGCGUCGUGGAGUAAGUGAUUACAAGUGUGUAGUAAGUGAUUACAAGUGUGUAGCUUUCAAGAUGGUCUGGGACUGACGCAAAAGGCGUCUUUCUCCUACCGCCUCAGAGCAAGUAGGCGCCGCUUUAUGCAUCUUGCAAACCGAUCUUCGAUUUGAAUACUUCUAAUGAUACGCGUACCUUGUACUAGUUCUUCAAGCAGCACGCUUGAACACGACUUACAACUCUUUUUCACCACGCAACAUUGAGUACUUUUUCGCAUUUUUUUCAACACCUGAACGCAAUUGAAUUGGGGGAUGAAUAUCAAAAACAUGCUCUCACGACACGCGCACAC